CAAUCUAUGGUAUCAGAUAUUGAGGUAAAAUAAAAGAAGGCGUUUCCCUUGGAAGGGUGAUGAUAUCGUAUGAUAACAUUCAUAUUGCACAGAGAAACAGAGACCAGGGAGGAGUGAAGAAGAAUGGAAGAGAAGAGAAAGUGGAAGCAUAGAAAAUCAUCCACUUCUUCAAUUCCAAAUUCAAAUUCUUCUUCCAUACACAAUCUUGAUGAUGGUUGUCUCAUGCACAUCUUCAGCUUCUUAUCCCCUAUUCCAGAUGAGUUCAUUCUCGAUACUGCUGUUGCAUCUGAGAGAUGUUGUUGCCCCAUGCAUAUAUGAUAUCAUACAGUCUCUGUCAUGGAUUGCCAUUGAGUUUGCAGAUCGGUAUAACACCGCCCUCGUUUGCCACAGAUGGCAUUACCUGGCAUGUCACCCACGUCUAUGGCUGCGAGUAGAUCGGUCUGUGAAAGAUUCAUCUGAGCCUGGAGUUUUCCCAAGCAUUGAAAUGGCUGUUUCUGCUGCUAGGCCUGGUGAUACCAUUCUUAUUGCAGCAGGUGGGAGUCAUCUGGCCUCUAAUAUUCAGAUAAAAAAGCCCCUUUGCCUGAUUGGUGGAGGUGAGCUGCCAGAUGAUACCACCCUCCUCUGUUCUCGGGGUUCAGACAGUGCACUGGAGUUCCUGUCCACCUGCAAAGUAGCAAACUUAACGGUGAAGGCCGAGCUUGGUUGCUGCUUGCUGCAUAGGAGCGGAAGGCUGACUAUAGAUGGGUGCAUACUUCAGUGUGAGUCAAACCCCUUGGACUAUUUAUCAUGCCCAAUUGUGAGUACAGCAGCUGGCCCUGAGAUACUAACUUCAUCUGUGAAGAGUCAUGGUGAUAGUGUUUCUGUUUCUCGAACUCGGAUUGAAGGAGGUGCAAAGGCUGUUGUGACAAGUGGAUCUCUGGCAUUGCAACGAGUCCGAGUCAUUUAUGCUCGAACUUCCAUCUUUUUCUGGUUUGAUGUGGAUCGUAGAUGAUUAUUAAUAUUUGUCCUAAAAUUGUAGAGUUGUGAACUACCUAGACCAAUUUACCUGUGUUUCUUCUUGUUAAUGUUGUAUUGGUUCUCUCAUGGUUGAAAAUUUAUGGAUUUUUAUGAGUUUAUAAGCAUGGAUCCAAGUGAUUAUCACUGCAAA